AUGUCGGAAAGUAUCAAUGGAGGGGAAGAAGAUGAUGGUUUUGAUGAUUUCCUAGAGUCGGCCGUGAAAACUUAUCACGCCAAUCACCGCCUCAACGCCACCGGAGUUUUGGACGCGGAAACGGUGUCGCUUUUGGUGACGCCGCGGUGUGGGGUGGCGGAUAUAGUCAACGGCCAGAACUUAAUGGGGCGGCGGCUCGGAGCCUUCCACGCCGUUUCACAUUACGCUUCCUUCGGCUCCGAGUUCAGGUGGCAAUGGCGUUCGGUGAAUGGGCCCGCCAAGACCCAUUUUUCGUUCUCGGAAACCGACUACGAAACCGCAGAUCUAAAGAUUGCUCUGUUCGUCGGCGACCACGGCGAUGGGUACCCGUUUAACGGCCCGUUCGGAGUCGUGACCCACUCCACCUGA